GCAGGACCGCUGCGUUAAGCGCUGUGCGCCGACAGGAGGGAUGUGACCCCGGAACAGGACGCCCUCCUUCCACCAACACUCCAUUCAAACAUAGCGCACAAUAAAGAAAAGCUGGACCAGGAGGGAGCCACAGGAGCAGGGGGGAUGAACCGCGAGGAGGCCCCGGGAAAGUCUCCUGAAGACAUGUACAUCCAGCAGAAAGUGCGAGUCCUCCUCAUGCUCAAGAAAAUGGGAUCAAAUCUUACUCCAAGUGAAGAGGCUUUUCUCCGGAAUUAUGCAGGUGUGGUCCACAGUCAGAUGAGCCAGCUGCCACAGCACAGCAUUGAUCAGGGUGCAGAGGAUGUGGUGAUGGCGUUCUCACGGUCAGAGACGGAGGAUCGAAGACAGUGACCACGAGCCUCCCGCUUUGCCCCAUCCUGCCAGAAUCCACUUUAAUACACAAUGCUGAUGAGCUCAAGAGUGAAGGAUCGACCUGGAAGGGACAGACAGACCUAUUCUGUCUUGUCUUCCAGUUUACAGAAGACUCACUCACACCGGAUCGCCACGGGUCGACUCCUUAGUAAUCUUACAUCAAGGUGGAUGAUGUCGGAAACUCAAAUUGUAUGGAUGUACCUCAAAUGUAGUUUCUUUUUUGUUUGUUUUGUCGGUCAUGUGUUUGAUGGAGUGAAAGCAGUGACGUGUGGUGACUUGUGUCGUGAUUGAUCUGUGGGGCCUCUUUUUUUAAACACCAGCUGCUCCUUCAAGAAAGUCAUGACACAAAGUCACUGUGGCGUUCACUCGAAUACCGAUCAUCUCGUCACUCGGCAGCAAACAUUGACCGUUUGUUGUUUCUGUCCACCCAGGUAUAGAAUUGUGUCGUCGAUGACCAUCAGAGUUUUACCCCGGCAUGAACACUGGAGGUAAUUCAGGUUUUGUCUAAAACCGCGUUAAUCACUACCUCCGAGGUCAUAAAUAUCUAUUUCCACACACAAUGGAAGAAUAGCAAUCCCGCUCGAGUGGGCUUAUAGAAAAUCAGAGGCACCCGUUUUACAUAAUUUCACGUCACGUAUGAAUAUCCAGUAUAUUUUCAAUAGGCUAUUUUGUGCAUGUUGGAAUGAAUUCGUCAUCAGACAUGUUCUUAAAUAGGAGCUGAAAAUAUGAGGUCAUGUCACACAUUUAAUUUGACAGACCAAAAGAAGUUGAGUUUCAAGAAAAAACAAAAUAGUUUGAACUGGAGUCGUACAUGUACACACGGCCUCUAUUCGUAUUGAUUAAUCCGCACUUGCAUUCGCGAGCAACUAGCUAAUGUGUUUGUUCUUGUUAGUGUUUUCAUUUUAACAGCAGGCCUGCCAUUCAUCACCAAUGGCCAAUUAUGGGGGAGGGAAGGAUCAGUGUAAUGAUUUGUGUGAAACCUAGUGAAAGGGUUUUUUGUUGUUGCUUUUUUUUUUUCUUAAAAAUUCAUUCUUUACGAAGCCCCACUUUGUGCUUGUGCUGCUUUUUCUUUUUUUCUUCUCUCUUGGAGCAAGUACGAACAAGAAAAAAAAGAUGACAUUUGAAGACACAGGUGCACAUUCUCCCUAAAACAUGCAAGUUUUUGUUUAUAGGUUAUUGUGACAUAAAAGAAAACAUUUUUGUACAAUUACUUGGGAAAAUGGAUUGUGUGCCACUUUUUUUAUUUAAAUUUAGAACAUUAAGACAUUUGUGGGGGGGCAUGUUUUAAUUUAAUUUAUUGUUUACGAACUGAUUCCUGUUUCUCAAAUGCAUCGUUCCAGUGAUCAAAUCUGUUUGAUCAUUUUGAACAACAAGCAUCUAGAACAGCAGAAAUGUGUGUGCGUGUGAUAUCUGUGAUCAUACUGUCUCUUGCACUACAAUCAAAUGGAAUAUUGGUAAAAAUAACAUUUUGAUACAAAAAUUGGGAAAACUUAUUGACUCGACCAAUUGAUCUUUACAGUGAGCAGGGUGCUUUUCUAGUCACAAGUUCAGUAUUUAAUGUGUUUGAGUUCAUUUUGUAUAACUAAAUGAUGUCAUUGUAAAAUUUCAAGGUCAAGCAUGUCUGCCGAGGAUCUUCGCCUCGCCUCACCUUGACCAUUGUGCUCUUUUUAUUCCUUUUUAAAAGUCCUCAGCAAUCAAAGUCAACACCCGACACAUAAGUCACAAAGAAAUGUUUGUUUACGUUGGUUUGGUCUUUUUGUUUUUGUCUAUGCAUCUUUUUUUCAUCCUCUGAAGCCGUCUUACUGUACAUUUUGCUUAUCAGGGUUGUUUUGCAAACUUUUAUGCCGAUGAGUGUAUGUACGUGUGUGAGAAAGAGUAUGCUGCUCUUGGAUUUUUACUGUGAUUACUUUGUUUUUAAGAAGGGGGGACUUUGUAUAUUGUUUUAACCUCAGUCAGGAUUGCUUACCGGUAGUUGUUUAUUUUUGUUUUGGCUGCUGACAAUGUCUUGAUCUAAAGCUUCCAAACCUAUACCAAUUGAACCAUUAAAGGCAUUUGAAACAGUAACUCUUCUCGUU